UCGGAAAACACUUUGAAGCAGAAACAGUGGUUUAGAGGUACCAUGAUUUUCAUAUACUCCGUAUAACUGCAGAGCAAUCAUGACUUCUACAACGUAUGUCAAAGAAUUGAAUCGAGAAAGCCAUACUGAUUUCAAGCACCUGUUUCAACCCUUACAGCAGAUAGCAAAAUGGACUGGUUUACAUAGUGUUCAAAUUGGAAAAGAAUCGCGAUUCUACAUAGUUAAAAAGGUCUUAAAUUGGAUUAAGCUAUUGAUAGUGUAUUUUGUCAUAGUAUCAGCUCCUUUCAAAUUCCUCUACGUUGUUCUGUAUAACGAUUCCGGAAGCGACGGACGGAUAAUUCCAAUACUUGCCGUAUUUGUUUACUUUGCGGCGUCAACAUACAUUACAAUUGCAUCAUACUUCUCCGUGUCUAAAUAUUUUUCAAGUUUCUGUGAAAGUUUAAAUGAACAUCAACGGCUAUAUGGAAAUAUUCAAAUUAAUCUGUAUAUUAAGAUUGUGUGUAAAUGGGCGAACUGGAUUGUUGUGGUCGUAACAGUUAUUCCAACAGUACUUUAUAGCUUUAUUACUUUUCAUUUUCAAGAUGACUUGAGUGAUGUUUUUCGUCCAUUGUCUUUCAAAGGUAUACUUAAUACUGUAUUGACGCUAUCGUACGUAUUAAGUAACACAUUCUUUCUAACAGCGCACCAAGUUAUCCUGGUUAUGUUUCUUAUCCUAACUUUCACAUUAUUUCUGAGGCAAUUUUCACAUUUGAAUGAAAGACUGGAAAAAAGUUUGGCAGAAAAAUUAUCACCGUCUCUACAAGAAAAAACCAUUGAAACAAUAAGGCAGGAAUAUUCAAGUCUUCUAGCCAGUUUUGAAAUAACUAAUUCUGUAAUUCAUCAUUAUUUAUUUGCUUUAUAUGCUAUGUGUAUACCGAUAGUAUGUUUUCUGUUAUAUGGUUUGCUAAGAGGAAAACUUACGGGAGGUGAAUCAUUGGCCAUGAGUGUUCUAGCGAUGUUCGUUGUCUUCUUUGUGCUGGUCCUCACUAUAAUUGGUGCAGUUUUUAAUAUUAUGGCCCACAGUCCUUUGAACGUUUUGAUGAAAGUUGAUAUACAGUCUAUUACCGACAAGGCAGUCCAUAGCCUUUCACUGUUCGUAUCCCGAUUAAACGGACCAACAGUUGGAUAUCAUGUAUAUAAUUUAUUUACCUUGGAUACACAUACUGCGUUAGCGUUAACUGGGACCUUGUUGACUUAUGGAAUUGUGAUGCUCCAAUUUUCUGAAUCUGGUUCUUCUGGAAACAGUGUUUGCAACAGCAACAAUUCGUUAACGUCUUAGUAUUUACCGUUUGAAUACUGUACGUGUAUGGAUAUUUUCACAGUUACCCAGUAACCAGUCACAUGAAUCUUUACAAAAUAAUCUUUGACCGAUUUUGCAGCUGAGCGAAUACGACCAUAUCCGACGCAACUGCUACGCAUAUUGUCAUUGACAACAACUGGUUGCAUUCACUGGCAGACAAGUAAAUAAUUAGUUUCAAUUGGUCAUAGAGCGUUUAGACCGAGAGUUUGAUGUCGCAAUAGUAGCAUCCAGUCUUUCACAAUUACUUGCACUUGCAACCAAUGCUUCCAACUAGUACCCAGGCGCAAGAUCGGUCAACGCCUGACUUAACGAACGUUGUUUUGGCGUUAUCUUUAUUCUUGUAACUCAAUACCAUCUACAGUCUUCGGCAUAUUGGUCGGUGAACAAGGCUAAACAUAUCUCACAGGAGAAUACUACUGGUAUAGACUGGAAUAACCAGACGCCAAGGGGUGCCAUUCAAUUUGGAAACUUCGCGUAUUUCGGCCAACAUAACUGAUUAGAAAUUGCAGUAAAUAAACAGAAACGAUUGAAUAUAAAUCGUUUAUAUACAUUCAUGUUACAUUAUUGUAUGCGUUGCGACCCAUUUGUAUCCAUUAGAUACCAAAGAGAUUUAGCUGGUUUAAAUAGGGUUUUUUAUAUUUUACUAACUUUGGCUAAAUUGAAGACAAGGAAAAUCGAAAUUGUGAAUAUUAUUAUGCAUUUAUAAUAUUUGUAUUUUGCGAUUCCGCGCAUUUUAUCAAUGUUUUUUUUCUAUUUGCAUGUUUUGUUGAUAUUUUGUA